CGCGCUGAGCUAAUCUUUAUUUAUUUUAUAUUUAUAUAUAUUUGUAUUUUUCUAUUUACAUAUUUUUGGAUCUGAUUAAUCAUCCGUAUAUAAAUGGCAAAUGAAAACCCAGCUGGUAGGAUCCAAAAUAAAUUUGUCCAAGACCGGAAUUAGCGCUCUUCCCACAUUGGUUUCUUGAAUCUCACUGUUUAACGACCUCAACUGGGGAUCUGACUAACUACUCGUCGGCGAUCGGUCCUGCCAGAAUUGGUACUUAGUCAAUCAUUUUGCAGUGGGCGUUUGCAUACAUCUUCGAAAACUUUGGGAUUUUCCGUUAGUUUAUACUCUUGUAGUGCUUCUGCAUUGUUGAUUUAGAAUUUGGUAUCGAAAAUUCGGCAUCUUUCUGGCGAUACGUAUUUCUUUGCCUUGGUGAUGGGUUUUUGGUGAAUUCGCGCUUCAUGUUCUGUUCAUUACAUGAAUGAGAAGGUGCGGCCACGUGGCAAAAGACAAGCAAGUUACUGGCGAAGAAGUGUGAGCUGUUGGUUCAAUGCUUGCCGGAAUAUUGUUGAUAAAUGACAGCAUAUACGGAAGCCUGUAUAGACGAUUGACCCAAUUUACAAUUUGGCGGUCUUGAAUUUGUUUGCAAUAUCAGUUCCACGAUUCGGACAUGAGAAGCUCCUGGUUUAAUAAAUUGUCCAUAAUUAUUGGCCCUAGACUGCCGUUGAGCUGGUUGAUGUUGUGCCUGAUCAGUCUGCUUGCACUAAUUGCAGUCUUAGGUUCGUCUUCUUCUAAUAACAUUGAUUCAACACCACUCACUCGGGCAUCUCUCAUCUAUUCAAACUACAGAAGGAUAAAAGAGCAAGCAGCAGUUGAUUAUUUGGAGUUAAGAUCUGUAUCAUUGGGUAUCACUGGGCAAAAAGAACUUGACCUUUGUGGCAAGGAAAAAGAAAAUUCUGUGCCCUGCUACAAUGUUUCAGCAAAUUUGUUAGCAGGGUUUAAGGAAGGUGAGGAGUUUGAUCGGCACUGUGAAGUGUCAAGAGAAGUUGAGAGGUGUUUGGUUCGCCCUCCCAAAGACUAUAAGAUUCCCUUGAGAUGGCCUACUGGUAGGGACGUAAUAUGGAGUGGAAAUGUGAAGCUAACCAAAGAUCAAUUUCUUUCGUCUGGAAGUAUGACCAAAAGGUUGAUGCUACUAGAAGAAAAUCAAAUUGCAUUUCACUCAGAGGAUGGAUUGAUCUUUGACGGUGUGAAAGAUUACUCUCGUCAGCUUGCAGAGAUGAUAGGGUUAGGAAGUGACGCUGAAUUUCCCCAAGCUGGUGUACGUAUUAUACUAGACAUCAAUUGUGGAUUUGGUAGUUUUGGAGCUCAUCUGGCAUCACUAAAAUUAACGGCAGUUUGUAUUGCGGCAUAUGAAGCAACUGGCAGCCAGGUUCAAUUGGCCCUUGAGAGGGGCCUUCCCGCAAUGAUUGGCAAUUUUAUUUCAAGACAGCUUCCUUAUCCGUCUUUGUCAUAUGACAUGGUUCACUGUGCUCAGUGUGGCAUCAUUUGGGAGGAAAAGGACGGAAUGUUCCUGUUUGAAGUUGAUCGUGUUCUUAAACCUGGGGGAUACUUUGUCCUAACCUUACCCUCAAGUAGGCCACGGGGAAGUUCAUCACGGGUGAAGAAAAACACCAUCUUGACCCCAGUGGAAGAGCUAACCCUAAAACUCUGUUGGACCCUUCUAGCUCAGCAAGAUGAGACUUUCAUUUGGCAGAAAACUGCAGAUAUUGAUUGUUACUCAUCUCGCGGGCAGCAUGCUAUACCUCUAUGUAAAGGGCAUGAUGAUAGUCAAUCAUAUUAUCAGCCUCUUGUACCAUGUAUAAGUGGGACAUCUAGCAAGCGCUGGAUUCCCAUACAGAACAGAUCCACUGAAUCUGAACUAAGCCCUGCUGAGCUUAAAAUUCAUGGAGUUCAGUCUGAAGACUUCUAUGAAGAUUUACAAUACUGGGGAUCAGCUCUUAAGAAUUACUGGUCUUUGCUUACCCCAUUAAUUUUUUCAGACCAUCCAAAGAGACCUGGAGAUGAAGACCCAUUGCCUCCUUUUAACAUGAUACGCAAUGUGAUGGACAUGAAUGCCAAGUAUGGUGGUUUUAAUGCGGCCCUUCUGGAGGAAAAAAAAUCAGUAUGGGUUAUGAAUGUGGUUCCUGCUAGUGCUUCAAAUGUACUUCCUCUUAUUCUAGAUAGAGGUUUUGCUGGCGUUAUUCAUGAUUGGUGCGAACCCUUUCCCACCUACCCCCGGACAUAUGACUUGCUUCAUGCUAAUGGACUUCUUUCGCAUCUUGCUUCAGAGAGGUGUAGCAUGGUUGACUUAUUCUUGGAGAUGGAUAGAAUACUUCGUCCAGAGGGAUGGGCAAUUCUUUCCGAUAAAAUGGGAGCUAUAGAGAUGGCCCGAAGAUUUGCAGCACAAGUACGUUGGGAAGCAAGGGUGAUUGACCUUCAAAAUGGCAGCGAUCAGCGGCUACUUGUUUGCCAGAAACCAUUUGUGAAAAAAUAAUUGAGCAGCAGUAUAUUUCACCAAAGGCAGAAUGACACAUAUUUUUUGCUCUGAGAAUGGAUUGUUUAGUUGGCACGUGUAUAUAGAGCUCAGAGCCUUGAUGUUUUCCCAUCUUUUCGACAACCGGAUUCAGAAUGAUGAAGCUGUAGAUUGUGAAGGUUCGGGAUGAAGUUAGCAACAGUUCUUUGUUCUUUUCUUUGUUCGUUCUUUGUUUUUUUUUUUGGGGUCAAAGGUGUUAGUAGUAAUUCAUUCAUCCAAUAUCUUGGUUAGUUUUGCUUCUAUUUUUUUUUUUUAAUGAUUUCAUUAUUGAUCACCAUUGGACUUGGAGCCUUUAUUUGAACAAUCUCUGGCAGUCUAGCAGUGGGGGCCAAAAAAAAAAAAAAAAGUGAAUGGCUACGGAAUCAAAGAAUGAAAUUAAGUUUUUAUUUUCUCUCA